AAACCCGCCAUUGCCAUCUCCCCAGCUCGAUAAACCUUUCCUGGGGACUCGGUUGAUCCCUCAAUAAAAAACUCCGCAAACUUGCUCGCAAUCUAUCUCACCUCUGUCUCAAAGAAACCCCACCCUUUAUCGGCUUGAUAUCAGGUAUUGCAUCCCUUCCUAGGGUGUCGUCGCGAAAUCCCAGUUUCAGAAAUCUGAUGCCCUGCUCCCAAUCCCCUCCUCCGUCUUGCUUGUUAAAUCCUAGGAUAUUGUUAGAGUUCUAUAAUAGAGAGGGAGAAUAGGAGACAAGGAAUGAAGCCAUGGCAUGCACAUGGUCGGAAGAAGGUCCUGUGUGCAGGGGAAAAAAAGUUACACGGAUGGCUAGAGCAGCUGCUGCGAUUGAGAAAGUGACAGAGAAGAGUGGGGUAAUUUCACAAGCUGGUAUGCUUUUUCCUACUCUAAUUUAAAUGGUAUGUGGUUUGUUCUACGUCGCCCAGUUGGAGCUGGAGAUAAAAGUGUGCUUUGUUGAGACCAGAUUUGUGCUCAUAUUUAACAUGUUUGUCAGUAAUUAUUGAACGUGUACAAACAUUUGAUUCGUUGGAAUUCUACAUUUUAAUGAAAAUACACGAUAUAAGAUGGUUGAUUAAUUUGUCCUCGGUUCAAAUCACAUUCUUAUUGUUGGACUUGAGCUGUUCAGCAUCAUGCAUGUCCUUGUAUUCAUGCAGACAUUAAAGAAUUUCGCGUUUUUCAACCUCGUUUACAGUUCAUUCACAUUUCACUGUCAAUGAAGUUUGGCAGAGCAUAGGACAGGGCCAGUCGGCCAGAGAAAAACGAAACCCAUUUGCUUGGCAUUCUGCAAUUAUUAACAUUAUAAAGGGAAAAAGUCAGAACUUAUACAACACGCAUUAAAUGUUGCCAGUCGUGCAAUGUUGUUGAAAAGGAUUGGGAAUAUCCAAGUUGGAACAAGUAAACAAAGUAGUCGAGGUUUGGGUUGGAUCAAUGGAUAAUUUGUUCACUCCAGAUUGAGAAAGUAUUAUUAUUGUGGCUGUCUUUCCUCGGGAAAUUAUGGCAUAAUAAUCAAAAGGGCAGUGUCGUCACUUCAGCUCCCAGCAACUUACAUACAGGCAGUCAGCAGCAUCUCUCUCUUGGUCUUGGGGUCUUUGGCUAGAGUGUUUAUGAGAAAGAAAAAACAAUUCUGUCAGAAGGACAUCAAUGCUCUACAUAGCUCUUGGCAGAAGGGGAAAAAAUAGCUCUAGAUAGCUUUGUUGAGUAUAGAAAUGGCUCCUUCUCUCUUCACUGCAAUCUUCCUCCUCUCAUUUGCUUUCUUACCAUUCCAUACUUAUUCUUCUUCUUUUGUUGCUUCUCAUUUGGAGGCUGAUAUUGGUACAAGUAAUCAGUCUUCAUUCGCUCCUUCUGAUCAGAAAGUGAAUCUCUCGGUCUACUACGAAUCACUCUGUCCAGCUUGUGCUCAGUUCAUAGUUCAGAACCUGCUCACCAUCUUCAACAAUGGCCUCAUUGACAUAGUCAAUCUCAGGCUAAUACCUUGGGGAAAUGCUCGUUUCAUUGGAAUGAACAACACCAUCAUUUGCCAGAACGGUCACGAAGAAUGCCAGCUGAAUACUGUACAAGCUUGUUCCAUCGACAUUUUGCAUGAUGUGGACAAAAGCUAUGCUCUGAUCUCAUGCAUGGAGCUGUUCGUGAUCGAGGGGAAGCAUAACAGUUGGCACGAAUGUUUCGAGUCGCUGGGAUUGUCUGACCAACGUAUUGUUGACUGUUACAACAGUGCCAAUGGAACCAAGCUUGAUGUUUUGCUUAGCCAGGAAACUUCAAGUCUCGUCCCACCGCCCACGUUUGUGCCGUGGAUCGUUGUCAAUAAGUUGUCCAUUGGAAAGGAUUACGGGAAUUUCACUGUCUAUGUGUGUAAUGAAUAUAAAGGGCAGCCUGCACCAGCGGCCUGCAAUUCGCUGCCACCACAAGGGAGCAAAGUUGCAGUAUCGAAUUUGGACAAUCUUCAAGCCUGCCAUAAGAAGGAAGCCAUGAACUUGACAUCCCUGGACCGGUUAAGAGAGUGACGAAGUUGAGGAACUCAAAGGAACCUCCAGAAGGGUUCAAAUAGAACAUGAGGAUAUAGUAUAGCCUGUGAAACUGAUACUUAAAUUGUUUCUGUAUCUAUAUAAAUAAUUAAUUGGGAUGAAGGAUAAGUUAUGGCGUUUUUGUGACCUUAAAGGCUGAAUCUUCCUUACUAAUGGAAUUUUGGGAGCCUCUUCUCCUUUUUC